UUUUUUUUUAAUAUCUUUUCUCUCUCUUGUAUCUUGUUAUUGCCCGUCACUCACUGUGAUAAUCCUCCCUGCUGCUUUUCGAUCGGUCGCGACCCGUCUAGCCCACGAUGGAGGGUGGCCAGACCUCGACCUCGUCCAACUCCGGGCCCUCGGGCAACUCCAGUGAUUUUGUGCGAAAACUAUACAAAAUGCUCGAGGACCCGUCAUAUUCGGAGAUAGUUCGUUGGGGUGAUGAGGGGGACAGCUUCGUCGUCUUGGAGUGCGAAAAAUUUACCAAAACUAUCCUGCCCAGACACUUCAAACACAGCAACUUUGCCAGUUUCGUCCGCCAGCUGAACAAGUACGAUUUCCACAAAGUCCGACAGAAUAACGAGGAGAAUGGGCAAUCACCAUACGGCCCCAACGCUUGGGAGUUCAAGCACCCCGAGUUUCGGGCCAACAGCAAGGAAUCGCUGGACAAUAUUCGACGGAAAGCGCCGGCGCCCCGUAAACAGGCCCGCGACCAUGAUGACUCCGUCCCGACACAGCAAAUCGAUCUCUUGAACCAACAAAUCGUGGCCCAACAGCAGCAGAUCCAACACCUGUCCGACCGCUAUGCUCAACUCACCGUCGACCAUCAGCUCAUGCUGCAGGAGGUGAUGCGCGUGCAAAAGACCGUCCUCAACCAUGAGAAUGUCAUCCACCAAUUGAUGACCUAUCUUCUGUCCGUCGACGCUCGGCAGAGACGUGACAGCAAGACGGCCGCCCCCUUCCCAGCCCAAGGGCAAGCUGGCUCAACUCUGAGUCCGUCUCAGGUCACCCCGAUGGACGAUGAGCCAUCAUCGCCGCUUCAGCAGGCCUCGAAGCUGCUCAACGAUAUGCACUCCGAAAUGCAGUUCAACCUCACUGGCGUUGAUCAACUAGGGGAAGCCAAACCGACUACUGUGGUAUCAACGCCGACCAACGGAAUGGUGCGUGCGCCAACGGCUGGAAAUCCUGCGACCCUGGUUUAUCCCACCACAACGCCCAAGAUGAACGGCGAGAUGGAUACCGUGGUGUACCCUGUUGGCGCAACCAAUGGCAUUGAUCCCAUGUACAGUGAGCAUGUCAACAAUGUGCCGUAUCCGAUGCCACCAAAGGCGGAGAUCGAGUCCGGAGAUGCUCGCCGGCAGUUCCCCGAUAAUCGAAAGAAGAGCACCAACGUUGAUCCGGGCUGGAUGCGCAGCCCGCACAUUCUACUCGUCGAGGACGACGCAACGUGCCGUCAAAUUGGUGGUAAAUUUUUGUAUUCGUUUUCUUGUGUCAUUGAUACUGCGUUUGAUGGUCUCGAGGCUGUGAACAAAAUUCAAGAUGGCUCGAAAUACGAUCUAAUUCUCAUGGAUAUCAUCAUGCCCAAUCUGGACGGUGUCUCAGCCUGCCACCUAAUUCGUCAAUUCGAUCGGACUCCUAUUAUCGCCAUGACAUCCAACAUUCGGAGUGAUGAUAUUCAGCUUUACUUCCAGCAUGGAAUGGAUGACGUGCUUCCCAAACCGUUUACCCGCAAGAGCCUGCUCGACAUGCUUGAAAAGCACCUUGUCCACCUCAAGACUAUCCCGCCGGGCAUGGAAGCUCCACAACCUGCACCUGCGGUCCCAAUGGCUGCACAAGGCUCUGCUGCUCAAUCAGUCAAGGAGGAUAGUUCGCCCGGUCAGUCGCCAGCCGCGUCGAUGAGCAACUGGCAGUCGCCAGGCCAAUUCCACGGCAUGGCGGUUCACCCCAGUAUUCCGCAUGUACAAGGUCAAUAUGCUGCUGCCACCCCGGGUGCUCCGGUCGCGUACGCAGUCGAUCAGAAUGGUGUGCAGUAUCCAGCACCGACAGUGGCACUCGCCCCGGCCGGAGCAGCAGCACCACAACCGGCAGUACGGCCACCGCACCGGCGACAAGUAUCUGAGAUGUCCAGCGCUCCAGAUAACCCCAACGUGACGAAGCGACCGCGCAUGUAUGCUCAGCCUGCACAGACGAUGGUUAACCCGGUGCAAGCACGGACGGGCUAGUCUACUUUCUCUAUGAACGCCUGACGCGAUAUUUCUAUUCCACUUCUAACUGCACAUAUACACCUCGCGUACAAAUUUGCUUAAGAUUCGAUUCGUUCAUACCGUCGCCGGACUACGAUUCAUUUCUACCACGAAUAUUCUUACAUUGUUAUCCGGGAGGCUUUCUCUUUUUCAUUCUUUGUGACUUAUAGACUACAUGGGGCGUUCUGCGGAGCUCUGGAUCGAGACUUUGAGGACUGGCAGCGUGAGAUGUUUCCAUUUUUAUAUACUCCCUAUGGGGAAGCGUUUGGCUUUUGGUGUACAAGAAUUGGGAUUGGUGGCGUGUGAUUUUUGGUUUUUUUUUUUUUUUCUC